AUGGACGUUUCGGACGAUCGAUUUUACGGCUCUCAGACGCCGGACCGCUCGGAGACCAACAGCCCGCGAUCUCAGAUGAGCAGCCCGAAUUCCACCUCCUCGAUCAAUGUGACCGACCAGGCGAUAUCGAUGUCGCAGCACCAGCAGAACCUCGAAACUCUGAACCGCAUGGGGAUGUUCUUCCACGCGCAACAGAUGCACUUGAACCAGAGUUUUGAUGCUGUGAAGUCUAGGUUAGGCUUGACCCAAGUGUCCAAUGUGAACCAGGGUCCGCGGCACACAAUAGACGCUAUACUGGGACUGAACGGCAGUAGGCAGAGAGUGCAGAGUGAGUUCGAGCAGAGACGGGAGGAGAGAGAGCGGGAGUGUGAUGCUGUGCCCGUUUCUCCCGGCGCCGUCGAAAGCGCGGGCGAAGGUUCCUGCAACAGUAACGACGGUUUCCAAGCGCCAGUAGACGACAAAUCUGCCAGUGAUGAUGACACGCCACGUCCUGGGUCCGCAGCGGAUAAAAAGAAACACCGCAGGAACCGAACUACCUUCACCACCUACCAGCUACACGAGUUAGAGAGAGCCUUCGAAAAGAGUCACUACCCAGAUGUGUACUCAAGAGAAGAGCUCGCGAUGAAAGUGAACCUGCCAGAAGUUAGAGUUCAGGUUUGGUUCCAAAACCGUCGCGCGAAGUGGCGGAGGCAGGAGAAAAUGGAGGCAGCACGACUUGGUCUAUCAGAGUACGGAGCUCCAGUGCCAAGGCUGUCUGGUCUUGGUUUACCAGUCGACCCGUGGCUGGCACCGCCCUUACUGACCGCUCUACCAGGGUUCCUCAGCCACCCCCCCUCAGGGUACCCGAGCUACCUGACCCCGCCCGCCCCGGCGCCCGCCCCCGCGCCCGCCCCCGACCCGCGCUCCUCGUCCAUAGCAGCCCUGCGGCUCAAGGCCAAGGAACACGUCGAGAGCAUCAGCAAGGGCUUACAAAUGGUUUAG